AUGGCGACGGCGGGCGGACAGCGGGUGGCGGGCGCGGGGUGCGGCAGCGUGCAUUCACCUCUGACCCGCGCGCGGGGCGAGCGGCGCUCAAGGUCGGUGCGCCGCCUGAAGGUCGCUCCUCACGUGACGCCGAGGGUGCUCAACCCUCUGCGCUCCGCCAUCCGCCGCCAGUUCUCGUACAGCUCUAGUGGAGUUCGAAUCAGCGUGUCUUCAGAGCCUCACGACGAGGACUCCACUGACGCCGAGAUCUCCAAAAUCGACUUCUCACAGCACCAGUACGAGGUAAACAUGCGAAGCAAGAAGAAGCGGUCGUCGAGUGGCACGCAAUGCGAUAGCCAGAGCAACGAUCGCGAGCGCCCUAUGUCCUGGGAGGGGGAGCUUUCUGAUUCUGAAAUGGUCAUUGAUACUAGUGUCAAUAAUGAUGAAAACAGCAAUUCCCUCGACCUCCAAUCAUCCCGCGAUUCCAUAGACACACUUCGCAACGUGACCAUCAAGACAGAACCGCUCAAGACCGAGCCCUUUCAGAGCCUGGAUGACCAGAGGGUGCUCGACUUGAAGUACACAGCGCCACUGCAACCGCAUCAGAGAAGUCUUAGUAUGAAUAGAAUAUCGGUUCUAACAGACAACGCGACCCUUUCCCUCCCUCGACGGCCUUCUCCGCCCACCAGCACCGCCAAGUCCUUAAUCCUGGAGCAGGGUACAGUGCCAAUGAUGACACAGGCUACUGGUGAAGUCCAGAACUUGACUAUUAAGAAGGAAACUCAGUUGUCGGAGCUGAAAUGUGAGCCGUCAGUCGGCAUGGACAAGCUGCUCGGCGCGCUGCACGGGUCUCCCCUGCUGGGGCGUUUGCCGCGCGUGCAAUCCAGCGCUAGCACCGACUCCGCCGUGCACUCAAUGUACACUCACAGUGUCUACAGUAGUCCAUCGGCAAGUCCCCGCGCGUCGCGACACUACACGCCGUCACUGUCCCGCAACAACAGCGAUGCUUCACACUCCUCCUGCUACUCUUACAGCUCCGAAUUCUCGCCUACGCAUUCUCCUGUUCAGGGUCGACACCCACAUGUGGUAUACCGCGAAGCGACUGCCGGCGCGGUAUUUCCUGCGUCGCCCGCUCACGACGAAGACGCGGAAACAGCUGACGAGCGACUGCAUCACCAUCAGGGCAUUAGCCGACAACAGCUGAUUAAUAGUCCGUGCCCAAUCUGCGGCGACAAAAUCAGCGGGUUCCACUACGGCAUAUUCUCGUGCGAGUCUUGCAAGGGCUUCUUCAAGCGAACCGUGCAGAAUAGAAAGAACUAUAUGUGUCUACGAGGCGGAAAUUGUCCCGUUACGGUAGCCACUAGAAAGAAGUGCCCUGCAUGCCGAUUUGAUAAGUGUUUAGGAUGUGGAAUGAAGCUUGAAGCGAUCCGAGAGGACAGGACACGUGGCGGUCGGUCAACGUACCAAUGCUCGUAUUCCCUUUCGGGUGCAUCGUCUACGGGCUCUCUCCUUUCCGCACAUGUCCCUACUACUCUACGGCAUGCUUCCAGUCUUACUUGUGUAAAUGGCCCAGGUUCAUAUAGCCGAGGAGAAUCCAGUAAUAGUAGACUAACUCCUGACAUACCUCCGUUAUUACAGGAAAUAAUGGACGUAGAACACCUGUGGCAAUAUAACGAGUCCGAAUUGAAAAACCUUGGCAAAUCAACGGGAAGUCCGUCUGCCAACCCACUCUUAGCAGCCAGCGGCAUCACUGCUCAGAACUCGAGUCCUGACUUUCUCGCGGACCUGUGCAAUAUUGCGGACCACCGGCUGUAUAAGAUCGUCAAGUGGUGCAAGAGUCUGCCACUUUUUAAGAAUAUUUCCAUCGACGACCAAAUCUGCCUGCUGAUCAACAGCUGGUGCGAGCUGCUGGUGCUGUCUUGCUGCUACCGCGGCGUCGGCACACCUGGAGAGGUGCGGGUGGGUGGAGGACGCGGUAUCACGCUGCAUCAGAGUGCCAAAUUGGGCUUAACGCCUUGCAUAGAACGAAUGUUGACGUUUACCGACCACCUUCGACGAUUGCGAGUCGACCGAUACGAAUACGUCGCAUUGAAAGUUAUUGUGCUGCUCACGUCAGGUAAAAAAUAUCAGAAUUAA